ACUUGACAGUAGGUGUGUGUACUCUGCACUUGCUGUAGUUUCCAGUUCUGCCAAUUUCUUCUUUGACGGGCAGACUGAAGAGAACGCAACCAGUUCUAGUCAAAUGAAGAUUAAGAAGAAUGACUUCAAAGAGUCAUACGCAAAGCUGCCUUUUUUGUCUGUCUGUCUGUCAGCGUCACAGCCUCCCCUCACCCUUUACACUUGUGGUUUUGCUGCACCUCAUGUAACCUGAAAGACAUGAAACUUAUGUGACAUUUCUGAGAAAGACAACUGAGUUACAUGAAGGCAAUUGGACUACAGUGCGUGGACGCUGACACGCUGAAGAAAUGAUCACCUUUCUCAGCUUUCCACUAUGCCUCAUGGAAACUUUUAACUGCCGCAGCUCACUACUACAUGGAUAUGUUCUAUUCAUGUUCCUUACAACAAUCGGGAGAGGGUUAUGCUUGGGGUGCAAUGCUCCCUCCUCUCCUUGGUGCUUCAGACGAAACGCUACCGAGAAUGUUUACAUCUGUGAAUGGAGCAUGAACAGCGAUGAGAGCAACGUGAUGUUUGACCUUUACUAUAAUGAAACAAAACUUGGGACCACUAAUAAGACGUGGUGUAAGUGUAAUGAGGAACUGCUCAUACAAUAUCGCCCUGUCGACAUUUGGGUGCAAGCUCGUGUCGGAGACUCCAGGUGCAAGUCCCCCAGGAAUUCUGUUGUACUCAGAGACAUAAUUAAAUAUGAUGCGCCGCGAAAUAUUUCACCGUCAUGGUUAAAAAACAGCCUAAGUUUACGUUGGCUGGCUGCAGAGAAGUCUCCAGCUUUAGCAGAAGUCUGGUUUCGCCGAGAUGAACACGGGUCAGAAUCGUGGAAAAAGAUAUUAAUAAAUACCACAACCAAGGCCGCCAUGUACCACGUCACUAUAGCGAAUCUCGUGCACUCUUCAGCUUACCAGUUUCAGAUCAGACAUCAGUCCACUGUGGCCCGAAACCCACUGUGGAGUCAGUGGUCGGAAGUCGUGAUUGUUCCUGCAGAACUUCAACAUAAACCUGAAGUCACCAUGACGAAAUUACUUGAAAAAGGUACUCAGAAGGUGGUGCUAACUUGGAAGCCAGUGCCAAAAGCAGCAGCUGUCAGGGGGGUAACAUACAGUCUGACUGACACACAGUCUUCUGCUUCAUGUCCUUGUGAGAGGAAGGGACAACACACCAGCACAAAUAAAUACACUAUUUAUUUGUCGUACUCGGCUGCCAACAUCUCUGUUAUAGCCAGAAAUGCAGCUGGCCAUUCUCCUUCGGCAGUCAUACAAGUACCGGCUGAAUUUGGGACCAAUUUUUCAGCUUGUGACAAAUCACUGCAUAACAACAUACAUAAAAGACGUAAGGCAACUUGUCUUGAGUUGUAUGAGUUUCAAAAUGAAGAUCAGAGACCAACAAAUAAGAUCACUUUCCCUAAAAGAAUGAAAAAGGUUCAAAAGAAACAAAUGAUCGCGAGCAUUAAGGACUAUGUUCGUUACAUUUACUUUGAACACCAAUGUAAAGGUGGGAAACCAGAAACUGUCACAACGUGCCUCUAUUAUCACAAAGAAGGAGUACCUAGAAGCCCACCUCGGGACUUGAUAGCUUUGAGUAUAACGGAAAGUUCUGUUCGCCUGUCCUGGCAACCAAUUCCCUUGGUCGACCAUCGAGGCUUCCUCAACCUAAGUCUGUGCUUCCAGAAAAUCAGCUCAGAUCAUGAACCCAUGGAGUGUCACAAUUUAUCAGCCUCAGUGACAGAGUACAAUCUGGAAAACUUGACAUCAGAAACUAAAUACAAUAUCAGAUUGACAGGAGUGACACAAGUGGGAGAAGGACCGAGAGCCACAGUGGUCGUCAACACACGCCCAGAGAAGUCUUUCAAUGUGGGGCUAAGCUUCGGCUUUCUCCUGGUGUUCUUUUUGCUCUCAACAACGUGCACCAUUUUCAUGAAAAGACUCAAAAGCAAGAUCUUUCCUUCUGUGCCAACGCCUGUUAUUCCAGAUUUCACCUCCAGUCAACCAAACAGUCAGGACGUAUUGUUAGAGAAGAAAGAGGUGGUGCACCAGUUAACGCUGUACCAACCGCAUCCAGAGGAGAAGUCUUUCUCUGAAGAGGCGGAAGAGGCCACCGUCCUCAGAGGAGAGUGCGAUGGAGAGAUUGACGAGGAUGUGGACAAUGAGAGGAGCAACUCGACAGCAUCCGAGUGUGUGAGUCCUGGCUCAACAGAUCAGGUGAUGAGGAACUCCGAAAAGGGAGAAACAACGGACUUGGAACAGGUGGACGAGGAGCUCGCACUGCUGAUUUACAGGAAUGGUUUGGUGUUUGACUUGAAGACAGAUUUGUCUUAACCCUUUCAUGCACGAUGUCCACUUGAGUGGACCGAAAUAAAAUAUUUUUUUAUCAUAAUAAAUGGGAGUUUUUUCCUCAAAGUUGCACAUAGUCCACUAAAGUUAAUAAUUGGUGUAAAAAAACAAACAAUAAUUUGUUCUUUUUAUACCUAAAGAUAAAUAAAAACACUUGGGAAAAAAAUCCUGACUGAGGCUUUCAUAAUUCGUGCAUGAAAGGGUUAAAUGGAUUUAAGAAGUCAUUUCGGUGCCUCAGCAUCAACAUUGACUUAUUGUGGACGCAUAAUAGAUGUUUUUUAGACAACCGUGUCACUGCAAAAACAUCUAAAAACAGUUUAUAACAGUUAAUGGUUUCUCCUGUUUACAUCAAUGUGUUUUUAAGUUUGCCAUUGAUAUUUAACUUACUGUUACUUUUUAAUAUAUUGUAUAUAUGUAAGUAAAUCCUGUUUCAUACUUGAGAUUUUAGUUUUUAUCCACAUACACAUACAUAGAAAAGGUUUUGGUUGUUGUCAUUUAAAUACCUUCAAGUCAUGACAAAACACAUAAAAAAAAAACAAAACAAAUGACAAUCCCGUUAUCUUCAGCUGUAAUUUGUGUGUAGGGGCAUUUUGUACACAAUACUACAUUUAGUAACAGAUCAUUUGUGCGCAACAAAGAUUGUGUGUGCGGUUUUAAACAUUUUACUGCAUGAACUUCACUAGAAGUGCUCUGGCCCCUCUGUGGCCAAAGCAAAAUGGCACGUGAGAGAGCAAAACAAAGCGCAGCCUGGUAGGUGAAAACGAAGCGGAAAAAAAUGCAAGCUUGUCAAGCAUCAGAAGUCAGGAAGUGGUCACAAAAAGAAAAAAAAAAACAAUGACCUUAAAAAAGAUAGCACACGAAAGGUAAUAGACCAGAUUACUCAUUACGAGAGAAACGUCUGUGCUGUUUCUAUUUGCCUGGUUGAGACUAGAACAUGUCCUGUCAUUUCGUAGGAAAUGGUGACAAACUUGCGGCAUUUUCCACCACACUGCACGUUGAGCUCUUGACAUGAUGCAGGUCUUUUCUCCGGUUCCUGUUUUGCUUGGUUGUGGCCUAUUUAGAGAGACUAAAUUCAGCAAGCACUUCACUCAUGUUCACUUUACCUGACUUUCAUUCACAUGACAACGCUUUACCUCUCAUGAGCAAGAUUAAAAAAACCACCUGCCCAAACCGCAGACAGGACGCUCAUAUCUGAUAAACGUUGUGUGUGGUUAAAUUAAGACUGGAGUGAUUUUUCUGUACGUCAACCGCACAUAAUUACCUGAGGUCUCAAAACUUUAAUUUCUUUACACUUUACUAUGGCGGCGCUUGUUUUUCUACCUUUUUAUUUCCUUGACUAAAAACGGAAGCAGGGUGCAUUAACUUGCACUCAACAAACAGUUCAUUAUUAUUAUUAGGAACACCAUAACACUGCAGGGCUUGUCAUACAUGCUGUUUCCAUAUUUUGAGCCUACAGUUUGCAGCAUCAACCUGUUGUUGGCUGAAGGUACGGUUGUUUACAAAAAAAAAAAGAUUUUUAACCUGUGACUUCUAGCUCAAGCAUCAUAUCACUACUUCAAUUAAUGAGAAUUAUCUAGGUGGAUUAGAUUAGAUUAGUGAUUACGUAUGUACAGUUACAGAGCAACGAAAUGCAGUUUAGCAUCAAAAUACAGAUGUGAGCAUUAAACAGUGCAUAAAUAAUAAACAGUAGCUACCUAAUGUUACUAAGAAUAUUUGGAGCAAAGUAUAGUGCAAAGAGAUUUUUCGUUGCAGCCCCUCGACUCUGGAAUAGCAGAAACUAUUAGGAAGUUUGACUCUGUUAAAAGGCACCUUAAGACCCACAGUUUAAGAUCCUCGGCUUUCAAUGCCAUUUGAUCUGUUUUUAUUUUUCUGGUCAUCGUGAGUGUUAGUAGCUUUUCGUUUGUUGAUACAUUGUUGUUGAUCUGUAUUUUACAAGUUUUAUAUGUCAUGUUGAAGGUGGAGCACUUUGCUGCAAAUGCUUUUAAGGUGCUAUAUAAAUGAAAUAAACUUGAAAUUAAACUUAA